AUGUCAGAAAUUAAUCUUUCAAACGUCAAACAUAUUGUGCUUGUACUUUCUGGUAAAGGAGGAGUAGGUAAAUCCUCAGUAACAACUCAACUAGCCCUUGGUUUAAUGCAUCAAGGUAAAAAAGUGGGUGUACUCGAUAUUGAUCUUACUGGACCAAGCAUUCCUCGCAUGUUGGGAUUAGAUGGUAAAAAAGUCCAUCAGGCCUCUCAAGGUUGGGUUCCUGUUUAUGCUGAUAAAAGCCAACGUUUAUCUUGUAUGUCUAUUGGAUUUUUAUUGACCAACAAAAAUGAUUCAGUUGUUUGGAGAGGGCCUAAAAAGAAUGCUAUGAUUAAACAGUUUCUUCAGGAUGUUUAUUGGGGUGAAUUAGAUUAUUUAUUAAUCGAUACACCACCAGGCACCUCUGAUGAACAUAUCGGUAUUGUAGAAUAUCUUAAAGAGUUUAACCCUGAUGGAGCUGUGAUCGUCACAACACCUCAAGGUGUCGCUAUUGCUGAUGUUAGGAAAGAAAUCUCAUUCUGUAAAAAAGUAAAAUUACCUAUUUUAGGCGUAGUAGAAAACAUGAGUGGAUUUGUAUGUCCACAUUGUACGGUAAAAUGA